CGGCCGCAGAGCCUCUUUGCGACCGUCACACUUGUUACGGCCGUUGCGCUUUCCGGCCGCGGCGCUUUACGGCAGCGCGGCCCGGGCCUGCGGAGCGCCAUGAACUUCCCCGGGGCCUUUGGAGGCUUCUUCGGCUUCCCGGGACGCGGCAGGCCCCGGGACCCUCUGUUCGGUGGCGCAGCCUGGGACGAGGAGGAGGAGGAGGAGGACGACGACAGCCCAGGCCUGGCGCAGCCCCCGCGGGACUUCGGCUUCGGCCCCGGCGGCUCCCGCGGGGCCUUCGCGGAGCUGUUCCGGGACAUGAGCGAGCUCCUGGGGGGCCUCGGAGGGGCCUGGGCAGGGCCCUUCGAGCCGUCCCUGCCCGGGGCCGGUGCCGGUGCCGGUGCCGGCGGCCCGGGGCGGUCGCUGCGGGACUCGAUGCUGAAGCACCCAGAGAGCUCCGUGCCCGACGCGGCCCCGGGAGGCUCCGCGGGCACCGGAGAGUCUGCCCGGCCCUGGGGCCCCUUCCCGGGGCUGGAAGGUCCUCACCUGGCACCUGCUGGCCCCAAGGAAGACCAAGGCGGUGCAGGAGCGCAGGACGGUGCAGGACAGCAGUGGGCACCGGCAGACGACUGUGACGCGCCGCAGCGGGCACCAGGCCUUCGUCAGCACCACCAGGGAGGAUGGGCAGGGCAAGCAGUGCCAGGAGCAGGUGGUCAACAUGGACGACCGGGAGUUGGCACAGUUCAUGGGCACCUGGGCACAGCAGGAGGAGCUGCAGGGCCCCAACCUGAGCUCCUCCACCCUGGGCACCUUCUUCCGGCGUUGGUUCUCCGGCUGGUAGCUGCCACUGUGCCCCCUGGGUGGGUGAGGUGGCUCGGCUCCUGCUGGCAGCUGGCACCAUGCUGGGGGCACUGCCUGGCACCCAGGGUGGGGUCCCUGUGCCCAUGUACAGAGAAUAAAAGCUAUUUAUGUAGCUGUGCCCUGUUGGACUCCUUCCCUCUGCCCCCCCCCCCGGCUGCUGGCACUGCCAACCUCUCCCCUUUGCCCCAUCCCUGCUCCUCCCUGCCCUCUUCGCUCCUUCCCCUGCCUGCCCACCGCUGGGUGCCACUCCAAGGCCUCCUCACCAGCCCUGCCCAGGGCUGUGCCAGGGCAAAAGAGCUGUGGGGAGGAGGAGAGGGAAAGGCCUCUGGGGUCAACUUACCUGAGUCAGGUCUGGGCACCUUGGCAAGGGGUUGCCCUCUGGGUCUAAUCCUCCCCGGGGGCACUGUGGAAGGUGCCACUCACACUGGCAGCCCUGUGGGACUCUGGCCCGUGCCAGGCUCUGCCCUUAUCAGUUUAAAGUCUGCAGCUUAUCACCCACCUGGGCCCCAGGGCUCAUAAAGUCAGGACUGUGCCACUGACGCCACUGC